CUUUCAGUCAGUUGUCAAAUAAUCUGUUUAUGUUAUUACGAUUUUGGAUCAUCAAAAUCGUGUUAAUGUUCGAUUUAAAAUAUAGAGUUAUACGUUUAUAUUCAUGCCAUGAAAACUGAUAUAGUAAACACUAUAUACUUAAUCUAACAGAAUUACGACAUAAAAAGUGACGGCAUUAAAGAUACUAUGAUAACGCGAGAAUCUACUAUAAAAUGAGUCAUGAAAUAAAGGAAGUACACUUUGAAAAUCCUGAGAGUAUCAGCAGGGAGAACCAGAUAGACCUAUUCAAUCUGAUUGGUGGUGGUUGGCCACCUGCACCGCGUGAACCAGAACACCUAGAGUAUGGGACAGUGAGCCCAAGUCGCAAUCGCACUAUGCAGCGUCCCGCACAAAAUGAGAGAAUCAAGUCUGUAAAUCUUUUAGCCCAUUUAGCGCCUGAAAAGCGACGUAUCAAGCCCACGAAUACAUUCCCUUCAUCUGCCGAGGAACCUCGACACGCACCCAAAAUGGUGCACGAAACUAAGAAGAUUGAGACGGGCAUAUUAGUUGACGUAUGCGGCAGUGAGGUCGCUGACGAGUUGUACGACUCGCCGCCGUUGGGAUCACCGCGCACUGUAGCGCCCGCGCCGAAGCCCUCACAGCCCUCCCCGGAGCACUUGCAAGAGGACAUCGGCGUCGGCUCGCUAGUCGAAGUCGCCACAGAUGUUGAUCAACAUUACUACGGCGUGGUUAGAUGGAUUGGUAUUGUCGACGACACCGCGACUGCCGGCGUGGAGUUGGAGCAGAGCGUGUGCGGGCUGGGCGACGGCAGCCGCGGCGGCACGUACCUGUUCCACUGCGCGCCGGGACGAGCGCUGUUCGUGCCGCUGCCGCUGUGCCGAAGAGACGCCAGAUUUCGAGACACGCCGCCGCCCGACCGCGCCGAUUUACAUGACAUUGAAAAUUUCGAUCAGCCAGAAUGUCCCGUAGUACUGGGAGUGGUGCCUCCACUCAACUCGCUGGGAGACCUGGCCGGCAAAAACCGCGGCAUACAAGGACAUCACAACUCGUGCUACUUGGACGCGACGCUUUUCGCAAUGUUCACAUUCACCAGCGUGUUCGAUGCGUUAUUGUAUAGACCACCAGAACCAGAGGAUUCUCCACAUUACGCGGAGGUGCAAAGAGUCCUGCGGGAAGAGGUGGUAAACCCUCUGAGGAAGCAAGGGUACGUGCGCGCCGACCGAGUCAUGAAACUCAGGACGUUACUCGAGAAGCUUUCAGAUGUCCCCGGGCUUACGUCAGAAGAAAAGGACCCAGAGGAGUUUUUGAAUGGUUUAGUUGCGCAAUUGCUGCGUGCGGAACCCUUUCUCAAAUUGUCGUCGGGCCAAGAGGCCUAUUGUUACCAACUGUUUGUGGAAAAGGAUGAACAUGUCGCGAUACCGACGGUGCAACAGCUUCUGGAACAAUCGUUUGCCACAUCCGGAGUGAAACUGAGCGAGGUGCCUGCUGCUUUUAUCAUUCAAAUGCCCAGGUUCGGUAAACAAUACAAACUGUAUCAACGAGUUUUACCUUCGCCCUUAUUGGACGUCACUGAUUUAAUCGAAGGCUUGCCGCGGCAGUGCUGCGUGUGCGGCUCGCUGGCGCGCUGGGAGUGCGGCGCGUGCGCGGCGGGCGCGGGCCCGGCGCCGGCCGCGCUCGACGCCGGCACCUACUGCGCCGCGUGUCUGCGCCGCGCGCACGCCGCCCGCCACCACCGCCAGGCAACACCCUUAACAAUAUGCGAAGAGUACGCCAGCAUAUUAGAAUCGUGUCCCGUUCCAAGAGUGUACAUGGAGUUAUUUGCGGUUUUGUGCAUCGAGACUAGUCACUAUGUGGCCUUCGUCAAGGCGGGAGUGGGACACGACGCGCCCUGGUGUUUCUUCGACUCUAUGGCCGAUCGAAAAGGUGAGCGCAAUGGCUAUAACAUUCCCGAGAUCGUGUGCAUCGAGGAGUUGGGCGCGUGGCUGGGCGAGGAGUCGGCGCGAGGUGCGGGAGGGGCGGGGGGAGCGGACGGGCGGCUGCCCGCGCACGCGCGCCGCCUGCUCUCCGACGCGUACAUGUGCUUCUACCGCAGCCCCGACGUCGCCAUGUACCGAUAGCUCCAGCGCGCGCAGUGCGACCAAUCAGACAUGUGCAGUGCCAGUAUUAAUGGAAAACAAAUACAUACAGUAACACCCGUUUAACCGCUCGCCACGAAUCGCGGGGAUAGCGAGUCACGGGGCGCGUGCCUGUAAUUACAGUGGAGACUCGAUUCACGGUCCACUAGGCUUUUUGACUCAUUUUGAUUUUUUGCGUUUAUUAAAUAUUGACCUGAUAUAAAUUUUAACACAGAAAUAUUGUGUAAUGAUUUCUUAUGUGUAUGUGAAAGUCCAACAUAGUAAAUAUCAAGAAACGAGUAAAGAAGCGCAAUACACGCACGUUGCGUCAUCAGGAAUUAAAAAAAAUGCGAAAGAACGAGAUAGAGCAAUUGAGUAACCUAAAACUCAAUGGUACUGAUGCAUUUUACUAUUGGUGAAAGAAUUUUUAAAAACGUUUACGAUUUUUUUAUCCCGUCGCGAUAAUCAAGCCUCUACUGUAUUGUUAUUUGGGCAGCCUGAAGCCAACCAUUUGAUACCGAAUUGGUACUCUUGUGUUUGAAAUAGUUUUUACUUAUUACAAAUUGAAAUGGGAGUUCUUUAUUCUAAAAGAAGCUUCAGUCUGGUGAAUGUCGACGACUGUAUAAUGCAUAACAUCAAAGCUCAGAAAAGAUUAGAGAAUAUACAAGGAUGUCUAUUGAUAAAUUUAUUUAUGUUAUGAAUGCAUUAUAAUCCUUAUGACAUCAGAAAUUAAAACAACUUUCACUCCUCAAUUGAUAAUACUUACUGAGAAAUAACAAAUGUAAACACUUCAGAAUUUGUAUCUUUCGCUAUAAACUUUAAUAAUUGCAUGAGCAUGAUAUUCAUUAGAAUUAACAAAUACGUGAGACACUCGAACUUGGCCAAUGUGUCCUGUUUCCGCCACCCGCCGUAAGAUUAAGUUGGACACCAUAGCAAGUUCCUCCUUUGAAGACAGAGGCAGAGAAGCAUUUACUCAGAAGUUGUGUAACAGGCCCUAAUUAUCUUAUAUAUUUAUUAACGUAAAUUGAACCUUUAAUCGGUAUUAUGGCAACGGUUAUACGCCUAGUACCUAUCACGCUUCUUCACAUGUUAUAGGGUAGCGCAAUACAAUAUGUGAAAUACUAAAAUGACAAAAUAAUAUUUGCCAGUACAGUAAUGCAUACUAUUUUUCAUGAAA